UCGUUGCGAGGUAGGUGAUCACCCCGAUCCAUCUCCCGCCCCGCCCGCGCUCGCUCAGUUCGCGCGGCACCACUACUCCGCUGCUAAAUCCUACAGGUAGCCCAGGCGCGGCGCGGCCCUCCCUCCUAAUCCCACCGCUCCGCCGCAGGUGCGAGGUGGUUGGCGGCCGCUUACCCGAACCGGGCGCCGUGCGCGCGCGCGCCAGGCGCUCGUGGUCAAGCCAAACGCUGCCCACCGCCGCGGCCUCGGCCUAUAUCCUCGCGCACGUCCUCUCCCGUCUCUGCACCCGCUUCCCUUCCUUCUUUGGACUCGUCGUCCGUCCACCAGUGUUCCAUCCAUCAGCCCUCCACGGCUCGGCCUGAUCGCAACACGUAAAGUCUAGCUCGAUCAAGAUCGCCGCCGCACCGAUGGUGACGAUGCCGGCGGCGGCGUCGCCGGGCGCGCGGCGGUCCGUGGUGGCGGAGCUGGAGGGCGGGCUGCUCCGGGGCGCGGACACGUUCCCCUACUUCAUGCUGGUGGCGUUCGAGGCGUCGGGCCUGCCGCGCUUCGCGGCGCUGCUGGCGCUGUGGCCCCUGCUGCGGCUGCUGGAGCUGGCCGGCCGGGGCGGCCUGGCGCUGCGCGCCGCGGCGCUCGUGGCCACCGCGGGGGUGCCCCGGGCCGAGGUGGAGGCCGUGUCCCGCGCCGUGCUGCCCAAGUUCAUGGCCGACGACGUCGACCCGCGCGCCUGGGCCGCCUUCGGGGCCUGCGAGGGGAGACGCGUCGUCGUCGCCACGCGGCUGCCGCGCGUCAUGGUGGAGCGCUUCGCCAGGGAGCACCUCGGCGCGCACGAGGUGGUCGGCUGCGAGCUCGAGUACAGCCGGCUCAGGCGGUGCACGGGGCUCCUCAGGGGCGGCGGCGCCGAGGCCGUCGCGGGCCGCGUCCGCGCGCUCUUCGCCGGCGGCGACCACCCGGACCUCGGCAUCGGCCGGUCAGAGAUGGCGCGCUCCUUCUUGCCGUUCUGCAAGGAGCAGCUCGAGCCGCCGUUCACCGCGGGCGCCGCGACGACGAGCGCCGCCGCGCCGCCGUUCCGGCCGGUCAUCUUCCACGACGGGCGCCUCGUGUGCCGUCCCACUGCGCUCAUGUCCCUCGUCAUCCUCCUCUGGCUGCCCCUCGGUGCGCUGGUCGCCUUCGUCCGCAUCGCCGUCGGCCUCAUGGUGCCCAUCUGGACCAUCCCCUACAUCGCCCCCAUCUUCGGCGGCGCCGUGAUCACGCACGGCCGCGCGCCUCCCCCCGUCCGCCGUGCCAGCGACGCCGCCGCCGCGGAGGACGGCGGCUCGCCCUCGGGCGUGCUCUUCGUCUGCACGCACCGCACGCUCAUGGACCCCGUGGUCCUGGCCACCGUGCUCGGCCGCCGCGUGGCCGCCGUGACCUACUCCAUCUCCCGGCUGUCGGAGGUCCUGUCCCCGAUCCCGACGGUGCAGCUGACGCGCGACCGGGUCGUGGACGCGGCGCGGAUGCGCGCGGAGCUGGCCCGGGGCGACGUGGCCGUGUGCCCCGAGGGCACCACCUGCCGGGAGCCCUUCCUGCUCCGCUUCUCGGCGCUGUUCGCGGAGCUCAGCGACCGGAUCGUGCCGGUGGCGAUGAACUACCGGGUGGGGCUCUUCCACCCGACGACGGCGCGCGGGUGGAAGGCCAUGGACCCCAUCUUCUUCUUCAUGAACCCGCGGCCCGUGUACGAGGUGACGUUCCUGAACCAGCUCCCCGCGGAGGCGACGUGCGCGGCGGGGAGGAGCCCCGUGGACGUGGCCAACUACGUGCAGCGGAUGCUCGCCGCCACGCUCGGGUUCGAGUGCACCAGCCUCACGCGCAAGGACAAGUACAGGGUGCUCGCCGGGAACGACGGCAUCGUCAGCGCCGCCAAGCCGGCGGCGCCCGGGAAGGCGGCGUGGCAGAGCCGCGUCAAGGAGGUCCUCGGCUUCCUGCUCCACUAACCAGUUGGUCGAUGCAGAGAGACGACACGUCGUAGCUCUGGCCAAAUACUCGAUCGGCUCACCAAUUUCAUUGAGUUAUUAUACACUUAUACAUGUACGUAUAGUCACGUAAAGAAUGCCCUCCUAGCAAAAAUACAGUUUUUGUGGCAUUUUCUUACACGAAAUUUACCCUGUAUAUUGAUCUGUUCAUUUUACUUUAAUCUGUAAAUGCUUUUGGCAAAUUCUACUGGUUUGUAAUUAAAGAUUAGAUCGAGUUGUUCCUCAUCAACUUCAA